AGCAUCUUCCGCCUGUUGGGUAUUAGGCAGUGUCCUUUCCAGUUGGUUUUAGCCACCAUUGGGAUGGCACUUCAAGGUUUAGGCCUUGGAGGACCACUUUUUGUUAUGUAGAUAAUUCUAGAUGUUCUUGAUCCAUACCCUAGGAAAAAGAUUUGAUCUCAUUUUCCGAUAUGCCAUUGAAUAUGCAUCUAUAUUGGCAAAUGUGAAUAUCAAUCUUUGUUCUUCAUUUGGUUAUGGAUCUUUUUGGGAAUCACCAUUUGGGGUAGUAGUCCUCCUGUCUUCAGCACUGGUCCUGAUUGCUAGCCAUAUCGAAGGUGCCCCGUUACGCGAAGUUGAAAACCAGAGGGAUCAACGAAGUUGGCCGAAGUUGAUAAUUGGCCUCACUAGGGAGUUUACGACGCCAUUGAUGGGGACGGGUUUGUUGAUCUUUUUUGGCCCGUUGAUACUAGAUUCAUUAGGUUAUUCUAGGUUUGCAUCCUUCGCAGGUCCAGUGGCAGCCCCAGUGUUAGGAAUUAUGUCAUACCAUCAUCUGUAUGGCUAUCUCAUUCAGCAGUUUGAGAGGAGGAUUUCGUUGCUUUUGACAGCCUUCAGCCUCUUGGCUAUCUCACAGUUUGGAAUAUUCAGCAUAUUCCAGGUGCAUGCUCCCGAUCCUGAUUAUCAUUUGGAUAGAAGUGUUGCUAAGGAGUUCCUAGGAUUGAUGGUUCCAAUGUAAUUACUUUUGCAAUUAUUACAACUCCGUAUGGGUGGGAGACAGAGUAUGCAAAGAGCAAGUCCAGGUCAGGAAGAGCUUUGGAAACAACUGUUUCGAUGGCUAUGCAGGUGGUGAUGGGCCAGAUCAGGAUGAGACUCUUCUGUGAUGUUAAGAGUCGGAUAUUUGCUAUUAUAGGGGCCACAACAGUUGCACUAGGAUUGAUGGUAAAAUCCUCGGUACCGGAAACGACUAGGACUCCAGUCAACUAAAUGGAUGAAAACAUUUGGUCUCGACAUAGGCUAUGGAGAAGAUUCAUCAGGAGAAGAGAGAUUGGUAGCACGAUUUAGUAGUGUACUUAUUGUCGUUUAGUAGUAUUUAUGCUAGAACUUUAAAAAAGUUGUAAUUUCUGCUACAUAUGCUUAUGUACAUCCAAUUUUUAUGUUACAUUAAUGAAAUUAAAUUUCUCAUUUUGAUCGCCAA